AUGGCUUCCCACCGGGUCAACAUGAUGCCAGGUCAUAAGUUUUCAUCGAGCAAGUCUAUUGGAGACUUGCGUGAGCGACAAAAGCUUCACGCCACUUCCGCGGCAUGGGAGGGCGAAAAGUCAGGAGCGAUUGGCUAUAUGCUCCUGCUGUGGGGUCGAAAUGAUGGGGGCGUCGAUGCCCAGAUACGACCAGGACCGAUCCGCGCCUCCCCGCAUCAGUCCGAUGUGAUGCUGGUUGCUGUUACAGUAUGCAACAAGAUGGCACCCGCAUUGAGGCAACUCUAUGACCAAAUGCCGGACCCGAAAUGGGUUAUCGGUAUGGGAAGUUGCGCAAAUGGAGGCGGAUACUAUCAUUAUAGCUAUAGUGUCGUGCGCGGGGUGGCUCGCAUUGUCCCAGUUGAUAUUUAUGUGCCGGGAUGUCCGCCCACUCCGGAGGCUCUGUUACAGGGCAUCUUUCUGCUACAAAAGAAGAUGCGACGAACCCCCGUGACAAGGAUGUGGUACAGGAGGUGA